UUCCGCUACACCUUCAGUAGUUUCGAUUCAGUGCUCGUCAAAUCAAAUGUGAAUCUUAAGUGUUUCGUAAAGACGUUUCAGCGUGGGACUCUGAGAGAGAUACCGCAGACCCUGGCAGUCUUGAAGGACCUAAAUGAAAGCUGCACGGCCCUUGAAGGAGGUUUCGGUGAUUCCUGUGAACACGUGACCUUUUACGAGAAACCGAGCGGACUUUAUUAGGAAACACAGAAGAUGAAGAAGAUGUCUGAAACCCUGAAGACGUUCACUCCACACGACAAAGGGAUUAAACUCGUGUCAGAACCAAGCGAUUUCGAUGAAUUUGAUCAAGAUCCAGGUGUUUUAAGGGCAGUGUUAUCAUGCGGUCACGUGACUGAUCCUAACUCUCUGACCGACUGCUGCAAAUCUCAGCUGGACUCUGGACAGACCGAGUUCGAAUGCCCGUUGUGUGAAGAAACAUGGCCUUACGACGAAGUGAGAAAGCUGGCGAAACUCACUCUCGAAGAGCAGCUGAGUUUCGAGGAGAAGCUCGGGACGAACACGGCCAAGAAGAUCGUGGACUUCAGGGUUUGUCCCGGCUGUAGCUUGUACGUCGAGAGGUCCGAUGUUUCCAAUCUCUGUGUGGAGUGCUCUGUUUGCACGGAAAGGACCGGAGAGUCCUACCAGUUUUGCUGGAAUUGUUUGGGAGAAUGGAAAGAGUCUCUGAAUCGAGCUGAUCGGUGUGGGAAUGCGGGAUGCAGCAAUGACAAGAAGCUGCUGAAAGACUGUCCGAUCAUCUCUUUAACAGACGUUCACGAGAACGCGCGCUGCCCAGAAAUCCGUGCAUGCACUUCCUGCGGCGUGCUGAUCGAACACACCGCGCAUGGAUGCAAUAACAUGGAUUGCCCUGAAUGUGACAAUGAGUUCUGCUUCAUUUGUUUAAAUCCUGGCCAUGACUACGAUGAAGAUCUGCCGUGCGAACUCGCGCCAAGGCAAUAGUCUGAAUCACAGAGAACACGGCCUCCAUUUUAAAUCAUGCAUUCAGAUCUUUUUUUUAUUAAAUGGCGUUUAUUUAUUGAAAAAUCCGUGGUAUGUUUAUCUAUUUGCAAAUAAAUGUAAAUGAAUCACA